AUGGCCGGCUGGAAACAACUAGACAUCGGCGUAAUCGGCGGCGGCAUCGGCGGACUCUCCGUAGCCCUCGCCCUCCGCCGCUCAGGACACCUCGUAACCAUCUACGAGCGCGCCGAUUUCGCCGGCGAGGUCGGGGCGUCUGUAUCCUGCGCAGCGAACGGGACGCGCUGGCUGUACGAAUGGGGGGUCGAUGUAUCGAAAGGCGAUCCGGUGUUGUUGAAACAGCUGAUCAAUCGGGAUUGGAAGACGGGCGAGCCGGUUAGUGUGUAUGAUCUGAAGGAUUAUGAGAGCAAGUGGGGAUAUGCGUAUUUUAUGUUUCAUAGACAGUAUAUGCAUGCGAUGUUGAUGGAGUGUGCGGUUGGUAAGGAGGGGGAGGGGAGGGCGGCGAGGUUGCUGGUUAAUCAUGCUUGUGAAAGCGUGGACUCAGAAACAGGCACAAUAACCUUCAAAAACGGCGUCAAAGCAAUCCACGACCUCGUCAUCGGCGCAGAUGGCAUUGGUUCCGUAGUCCGCAAAGCAAUCGACAUCCAUCCCGUCAAGAAGCCCGCAGAUUCAAGCUGUCUCCACGCCAACGUGAUGACAGAAGACGCCGUUCGCCUCGGUCUAGUUGACUAUUCCCAGCACGACGCGCUCGAGUAUUGGGGCGGCCAGGAGGGGAAAUGGGAUAAGAUCGUGCUGUCGCCGUGUAAUGGUGGAAAACUGCUUUCUUAUUACUGCUUCUUUCCGAGGGAGAUGGGUGAUUAUAUUAAUCAGUCGUGGGGAGGACAAGAUAGACCUGUUGAGGAGUUGCUUGCUCCGUAUCCGAAUUUGGAUGCGCAGGUUAAGGCACAUCUUGCGAUAGGUAUUGAAGUCCAGCCAUGGCGGUUGUGGGUUCAUGAACCUUAUCCAUAUCUUACCAAAGGAAAAGUCUGCCUCUUGGGUGAUGCUGGCCAUCCGAUGAUGCCUCAUCAGAGUCAGGGCGCUUGCAUGGCCAUUGAGGAUGCCGGUGCUUUAGGUGUUCUCUUCAACAAGCAGUAUUUCAACGGCGACAUCGAAGAAAGUCUCGCAGUUUACAACUCCGUGCGACUGCCUAGGGCUACGAGAGUCCAAGCAGCUGCUGCAAGAGCUGCCUAUAACAUCAAUGAACGCAUUGGCUUCUCAGAUAACAAGCAUACAGCUACAUACAAGGUGGAGAACGAGAAAGCUAAGCUUACGAUCGAGGAGAUGAAUGCGUACGACAUGUUUAUGGAUAUCGAAGAGCAACUCGCUGCAGCGCGUAAUGUCCCAUUUACGCGCAAUUUCAUCAAGGGGAUGCCGGUUGGUCUUGAUUUACCGAGCGGAGUUAUCCAAGCAUCUUUGUAG